AUGAGUGGUGAAGUAGAAUCUGAUAUCGCAGCUGAGGCCAGAUUUAAGUCGGAAUCACUCCUAGACUCACCUGCUACUCAGUUCCAGGUUUCUACACUAGAGGCUCUCAUAGACUUCCUUAACAUUCAACUAUCUGAUGCAAAUGUUUACAGUCUAAACAACAACGUAGGAAUACUCAAGAUAUACUCACUCUACCCGAGGGUUACUGAUGAGGACAUGUACCAUGGAUAA